UGUGUGUGUGUGUGUUUGGAAUGGGGGGAGAGGAAGGGGGUAAAGAAUCUAUCUUAGAUGAAACAGAUAACUUCUCUCUCUCUCUCUCUGGUUUUAAAUCCCAAUGGCUUCUCGUACGAGUUCAUGGUACUUGGAAGAGGAAACAUUUGCCAGGCUAUGGGAGUUGUGGGGUUUGCGUGUCUGUGACAUGGAAUCCUGAAGGUUCCCAGUGACGUCUAUCAUGGGGAUGCAGAGCUCUGACCAUUGUUCACUGAGAUGGUAUUUUCCCACACCUCGACCUGUCUGUUGUUGGAAGAAGAUUUGAGAAUGUCAAAGUUAAAGCAGUGCAGCAAGUGGUCGAGGAUACUACAACCGGAAUAUUUCUGAGAGCUUUCGAGAGCCAUGGAUAGGUGUAAGCAUGUUGGGCGCCUGCGACUUGCCCAGAACCACUCCAUAUUGAAUCCCCAGAAGUGGCAUUGCGUGGACUGCAACACUACCGAGUCAGUGUGGGCCUGUCUGAAGUGCUCACACGUGGCUUGUGGACGCUACAUAGCAGAGCACGCACUAAAACACUUCGAGGACACCAGGCAUCCAUUGGCCAUGGAAGUCAACGAACUCUAUGUCUUCUGUUACCUCUGUGACGACUACGUGCUGAACGACAACGCCACGGGGGACCUGAAACUGCUGAGGAGCACGCUGAGCGCGAUAAAGAACCAAAAGUACAGCCCGACCGCCUGCAACGGCAGGGCGAUGCGCUCGAUGGCCUGUGGGGAAUCUCCUUUGUUUCAGAAGAGCAGAAGAGGACAGCCCCAGCACAGCACAGAGCAGAUGUUCACCGCUCUGUGGCACAGGCGCCAGUCUCUCCUCGCGAAGGCCAUGCGGGUCUGGUUCCACCAAACCGCCAGCGGCAAGCGGAGGCUGGAGGAGAAGCGGCUGGAGGAGGAGCUGGAGAGGAGGAGGGAGGAAGCCAGGAAACGCCGGCAGGAACUCAAGCGCAGGUUCAUGGAGGAACUGGCUAACACUCCGCCCAGGAAGAGCGCCCGGCUCCUGUUCCAGAUCCGGAAGGAGGAAUUCGCCCCAAGGAAGUGCAGAAAGGUCAGUGGCAAGAAGGUGCUACAAUCUCCCCCUACCUCAAAACGACCCAGGAACAAAAUGAAACGCUUUCACAGCGCCAGGCGCAAACCGGCGGUAACCCCGGGCGUGACUGGGCUGAGGAACCUCGGGAAUACCUGCUACAUGAACUCCAUCCUGCAGGUGCUCAGCCACCUGCAGAAGUUCCGGGAAUGUUUCCUCACCCUCGAUCUCUGCGAGACCGAGGAGCUGCUGGCGAGGACCGCCAACGGCAAGACCCGGCUGUCCAACAGGUUGACGCUGGGGAUCGGGCCCGCGGCUUAUCUCACGGGGAAGAGCGACAGUGUGGGCGCUUCUUUGGGGCGGUGCAGUAUGGCCGCUGGCCUGAAUGGGGGCGCCUCCAUGGCCAGGAACUUGGAACUCAUCCAGCCCAAGGAGCCGAGCUCGAAGCACAUCUCCCUCUGCCACGAACUUCACACCCUCUUCCGGGUCAUGUGGUCCGGGAAGUGGGCGCUUGUGUCUCCGUUUGCCAUGUUGCACUCCGUGUGGAGCCUGAUCCCCGCCUUCCGGGGUUACGGCCAGCAGGACGCUCAGGAAUUUCUCUGCGAGCUACUGGACAAGGUGCAGCAGGAGCUGGAGUCGGAGGGCACCAAGCAUCGGAUCCUCAUCCCGUUUUCCCAGAGGAAGCUCACCAAGCAGGUUCUCAAGGUGGUGAACACCAUCUUUCACGGACAGCUGCUCAGUCAGGUCACGUGUCUGACAUGCAACUACAAAUCAAACACCGUCGAACCGUUUUGGGAUCUUUCGCUCGAAUUUCCUGAGCGUUACCACUGUCUCCAGAAGGGCACUGCCACCCAGCAGAAAGAAUGCACUCUGACCGAAAUGCUGGCAAAGUUUACAGAAACCGAGGCUUUGGAAGGGAGAAUCUACGCCUGUGAUCAGUGCAACAGUAAACGGCGGAAAUCCUCUCCGAAGCCUAUUGUCCUGACUGAAGCUCAGAAACAGCUAAUGAUAUACCGACUACCUCAGGUCCUUCGUCUGCACCUUAAACGAUUCAGGUGGUCUGGACGCAACCAUCGGGAGAAGAUAGGGGUGCACGUCAAUUUCGACCAGGUAUUAAACAUGGAGCCUUACUGCUUCAGGGACUCUUCCUCCGCUCUCGACAAAGAGAGUUUCAUCUACGACCUCUCAGCUGUGGUGAUGCAUCACGGAAAGGGAUUCGGCUCAGGACACUACACCGCAUACUGCUACAACACAGAAGGAGGUUUUUGGGUCCACUGUAAUGACUCUAAACUGAACGUGUGCAGUGUGGAGGAAGUGUGCAAGACGCAGGCCUACAUUCUCUUUUACACUCAAAGAACCGUGCAGAGCAAAGUGGGGCUUGUCACAGGAACGCAGACGGAAUCUCAGGUGCCAAGCAGAAAUACAGACAAGAACAGAAAACUGACCUUCCCCUAAGAAAGGGAGAGGGGGAGGGAGGUGUGACGUUUAAAGCAUUAUUGGAAGUCAUUGAAACAGCCUGGCCAACAGUGACGUGUUGGUGCUGAUAACCAGCUUUGUGUUCACUUGUGGGUCACAGAAUACCCUGGGGCUCGUUUACGGAAGCAUAUAUAGCUGUUCACAUGCAUUUUAUGGUAGCGUUUAACUCCAUACUCGACAAUUAAAAUGGCUUGUAGGAAUUGUCGAGUGACGUUGUCUAGCCGUCCGUCCGUCCGUUCCCCCGCUCAGAUGACAGGAGCCUGUGCAGUCCCCGACCUUUACUGAAUCGAUUCAAACAGUUUGUUCCCCAAUAGUCUACAAUCCGUCGCAGUAAAUUCCUGCCUAUGUCCUCACCUCUACAUGUUUGCCGCAUCUCAUCAGGUCAGCUGUGUCUGUCUGUCUGUGUGUGUGUGUGUGUGUGUCCGUCUGGCUCAUGUUUUUUUAAAAUUCCUAGAAAAAGGUGCCUUGGUUUGCCGUCCAUUUCCGUCCACUUGUUUACGUGAGGCCCCGUUGUUUGCUGGCACGGCUGUGUGUUCUCUCUCUCUGUCUCUCUGUCUCUCUCAGCCUCUGCAGUGCCAGGCUGGCUAGAGUUGAUUCACUAACCUGUAUUCACACGAGCCGGUGACCACCAUCGACAUUACAUUGGUGACCGACUGGAAGUUGACCGACUUAUUUUCUUUUCCUCUCUCUCUUUGAGCUCCAGCUCAAGUUACACCAGCUGCGACCUGCUGCCAAACGACAAGAUAAAUCCCUUUUACCUUUUUUCCUCCCAUUUUGUGAAUUCCCCUCUCUCCCCUCCACCUCCCCUCCGAGUCUUAAGUAAACUGGGUCUUGGUGACUGCUGCCCUUUGCAGUGCUGACUAUCUGCGGUGAGUGUAAAUACCACUCAGCGGGCUUGGCUUUGCUGGUAACAAACCAAGCAAGCAGAGCACGAGGUGUUGCCUCUGGAUGCCGGGUGGUGGUGCCAUAACCGGACACACGAGAGGCCACGGCAGGGUAAAUGUUAGUCCCUGCGGUCGUUAGCAACACCGUAAAACCUAAGGGUGACUGCACAGCGCUCGCUCCGUGGUUUCUGAUGGGUUCGUAACCCGACAGAGUGCGAAUGCAGCAGGGUGCGACUUUCCAACAGCCUUUUCGGUACCUGCCGUGACUUAAUCGUUUGCUCGAGAUCCGGCCACUGGUUCUCUCGUGUGCGCUGAGGUCAUGCGGGGAAUGUGCGAACGACAGACGGAGUGCGGAGCUGAGUCCCGCGACCGUGAUUAUUCCAUUGCAUCAUGGCCUUUUUUUUUAAAAAAAAUGUUUUAGUUGUGGCGGCGUUUUCAAAAUAAACUCAUCACAUUUCAUUUUAUUCGAGGUGCCCUUAUGUGUGCAAAUCACAACAUGUAACUGGGCCUUUUUUUUUUUCUUCUUCUUCUGUUGUUGUUCUGUAAUUCAGGGAGCACUGUUUCGAUAUUUUUAGUUUACUUUCGAAAGAUAUUUUUAAGCGUUGAGGAAUGUAGGAGCGGAUUUGCUUGCAGGGCAAGAGUAAUAAGCAAGCAAUGGCAAACGGUUCAGAUGUUCACGUUUAUAAAAAUGUUUUUUUUCAAAGAAAAAGGAUAAUUGUCGUUUGUGACGUCCAGAUUUAUAAGCUUUCAUAUCGUUUCUCAUGAUUCCUGACUUGCUUGCAGCACCUACAAAGCCACACACCUCAAUCUGCUUCCCGUUCGUUCCUUUCCACCAACCGAGUGACUGAAUCCAUUGUAAGAAUAAGAAUAGUAAUAAUCCUUGCAUUCGAU